CUUUUUAAAAAGAGAUUCUAAAAGUAAAAUUUUGUUACUCCUCUAAAAUGUAUCUUUUGACUAUUGAUUUUUUCAAAGAGGCUUUUACAGUAUUUACCCAUAAUCAAACUGUCACAUUUAAAAAAUAAAAAAUAGAAAAAAAUUGACUUUUGACUUUUGAGGCCUCGGAUACUCCUAAAUCCACCGAGAUUAUAACUGAAAAAACACCAAUACAAAAUACUUCCCCAUGGCUCCGGUGGCAGCACCACUCCCACGCCUCCACCACCACCCACUUCCAUGCCUCCACCUCCACCCAAUUCCAGUCCAUAGAACCGUGCACAGAUCACAAGGCAAGAAUCAUCUGAACCCAAUUUUCAUCCCACGAGCAUCACUUUCUCUCUCUACACAAACCAACCAAAGGCUCACUGUCACUCCAACCAACUCCUCAAACCAUCAACUGUCCUUACCUCAAAAGAUCAGCAAACUCUGCGAAUCCGGAGAACUGGCCGAAGCUCUGAAUUUACUGCAAGGAGACUACGGUAAUGUUGCUCUGGCUCACAGAUCCGAGGCAAUGGGUUUGUUGUUACAGGCCUGUGGCCACCACAAAGACAUUGAGAUCGGCCGUGAAGUCCAUGAGAUGGUGUCAACAUCGACCCAUUUCAGCAACGACUUUGUUCUCAAUACACGAAUCAUUACCAUGUAUUCCAUGUGUGGCUCUCCUCUGGACUCUCGCGCAGUUUUCAAUCAAUUACAGAGGAAGAACUUGUACCAGUGGAAUGCACUAAUCAGUGGGUACACGAGAAAUGAGCUAUGGUGUGAUGCAAUCUCUGCUUUCUGUGAGUUGAUUUCGGUAACGGAACAUGAACCCGAUAAUUUUACUUUUCCUUGUGUUAUUAAGGCUUGUGGAGGGCUGUUGGAUUUGGGUUUGGGACAAAGUGUUCAUGGAAUGGCAGUGAAGAUGAAUAUAGUUUCAGAUGUGUUUGUUGGUAAUGCGUUGGUUGCAAUGUAUGGGAAAUGUGGGUUUGUUGAUGAUGCUGUUAGAGUGUUUGAAAAUAUGCCUGAGAGAAACUUGGUUUCUUGGAAUUCGAUUAUUUGUGGGUUUUCUGAGAAUGGGUUUUCUCAAAAGAGUUUUGAUGUGUUCAGUGAGAUUGCUGCAAGCAAGGAAGGUUUGAUACCGGAUGUUGCUACGCUGGUGACUAUAUUACCGGUGUGCGCGGUGGAAGGAAACCUAGAAAUGGGAAUGAUGGUUCAUACGUUGGCUGUAAAAUUGGGGCUGAGUCAGGAACUAAAGGUGAUAAAUGCCUUGUUGGACAUGUACUCAAAAUGUGGGUUAUUACAUGAAGCCCAAAGGCUUUUUGAUAAGAAUGAUAACAAAAAUGUGGUUUCUUGGAAUUCCAUAAUUUUGGGUUAUUCUAGGGAAGGUGAUGUUGGUGGAACAUUUGAUCUCUUGCGGAAGAUGCAAAAGGAGAAUGAGCAAAUGAAGGCCAAUGAGAUCACCAUAUUGAAUGCCCUGCCAGUUUGUUUAGAGAAGUCAGAAUUGUUAUAUUUAAGGGAACUUCAUGGCCAUUCACUCAGACAUGGGUUUGAAUAUGACGAAAUGGUGGCCAAUGCUCUUAUUGCAGCCUAUGCAAAAUGUGGGUCACUAAGUUAUGCUGAGCAUGUCUUUGACGCUAUGGAGAAGAAGACAGUGAGCUCUUGGAAUGCACUUAUUGGUGGCUAUGCACAAAAUGGAGAUGCACCAAAGGCUUUAGAUUUGUAUCUUCAAAUGACAUAUUCCGGCUUAGAUCCUGACUGGUUUAGCAUUGGUGGCCUACUUUUGGCUUGCGCCCACAUGAAAUCCCUACAAUAUGGCAAAGAAGUUCAUGGGUUUGUGCUUCGGAAUCAUCUAGAAACCGAUUCAUUUAUUGGUAUCUCACUACUUUCACUUUACAUUCAUUGCGGGAAACCAUUAUCUGCACAGAUUCUGUUUGAUGGGAUGGAAGAUAAAAAUUUAGUAUCUUGGAAUGCUAUGCUUGCUGGCUACUCACAGAAUGGACUCCCAGAUAAAACCCUGAAUCUCUUUCGUCAAAUGAUAUCAGAUGCUACUCAACCUUAUGAAAUUGCAAUUACGAGUGUGUUUGGGGCUUGUUCACAGUUGUCAGCUUUGCAGCUAGGAAAGGAAACCCAUUGCUUUGCUUUAAAAGCUUGCCUAACUGAUGACAUAUUUGUUGGUUGUGCGAUCAUAGAUAUGUAUGCAAAAUGUGGCUCAAUAGAGCAAUCGCAGAGGAUAUUUGACUGGUUGAAGGAAAAAGAUGAAGCAUCAUGGACGGUUAUGAUUGCUGGAUAUGGAAUUAAUGGACGAGGAAAAGAGGCCAUAGAGCUAUUUGAGAAAAUGAAAAAUGUAGGGUUAAAGCCUGAUGGCUUGACGUUCAUUGGCAUCUUAUCGGCAUGUAGCCAUGCUCGACUGGUUGAAGAGGGUCUGAAUUAUUUUAACCAGAUGCAGACUUUGCAUGGAAUAGAGCCAAAAUUAGAGCAUUAUGCAUGUGUGGUGGACAUGCUCGGUCGUGCUGGACGAUUGGGUGAUGCUUUAAAACUUAUAGAUGAGAUGCAUGUGGAACCUGAUGCUGUAAUUUGGAGCUCAUUGCUCAGUUCCUGUAGAAUUUAUGGUGAGUUGGAUUUAGGAAAGAAAGUUGCCGAGCAGUUGCUAGAAUUGGAGCCAGACAAAGCAGAGAAUUAUGUGCUGGCCUCAAAUUUAUUUGCUGGAUCUGGGAAGUGGGAUGACGUGAGAAGCAUGAGGGGAAAGAUGAAGGCAAUAGGCCUUCAGAAGGAUGUUGGUUUUAGUUGGAUUGAAAUUGGAGGGAAAAUUUUUAACUUUCUUGUUGGUGACAACAUGUCCGAGGAGUCAGAAGAAAUCCGGCAGAUGUGGAGAAGAUUAGAGGAGAAAAUAAGUGGAAUCGGGUAUGUGCCUGAUACAGGCUCAGUGCUUCAUGAAUUGAAAGAAGAGGAGAAAAUAGAGAUAUUACGCGGCCACAGUGAAAAGCUUGCAGUUUCUUUUGGCUUGUUAAAGACAACUAAAGGUGUAACACUGAGGAUCUGCAAAAAUCUGCGGAUUUGUGGAGAUUGUCACAAUGCGUUCAAGUUGGUUUCAAAAGUUGUUGACAGGGAGAUAAUUGUGAGAGAUAACAAGCGUUUUCACCAUUUUAGAGAUGGAUUAUGUUCCUGUGGGGAUUAUUGGUAGCCUAGGUGAAGGGACAGACAAGUUUCUGUGUUCUAUCAUCUUCCUUUUCUAUGAUGCUAACAUUCAUAGAUUUCACUCUCCUAUACAACAAAGGUGCUUCAGAAUCCAUUUCAUGAAUAUAUAUAUUGUUGUGGGUUGUUUGAAUAACCAUAAUGAUCUCAGUAAUCAGAAUUGUAAAUUGCAAAUUUUUUGACGAAAAUAUCCUUGUCCCAGCUAAACAGAAUUGUCAAUCACCCUUCUCCUGACCUACCCAUCUCUAGGGCUAUGAACUUAUAUGUUAUAGUUGAAUAUUUCAAUAACUAGCAUGAAUUCAAUUUCUGUUUCGUUUGAAA